AAUUCAGCACUAAAACCAGGGUGAGAAGCAGUGUGUGUGAGCGUGUGUGUGUGUGUAUGUGUGUGGGGUGUUUGUAAAAUGUGUUUUUCAAAGUACCGAGAGGUCGAUGAGACUGAUUAGCUCCUCUGAGAAGAGAAAAGGUUCUCAGACCUCUUCUUGUUUCUUCCUUAGAAUAAUUUGGAUGGGAUUUGUGAUAAAGAAAAGCCUAAGGGAAAAAGGAUAUUCAUUCUGUGUGGUGGAAAAUUUUCGAAAAAAAAAUUGCUUUCUUCAAACAAGGGUGUCAUUCUGAUAUUUAUGAGGACUGUUGUUCUCACUAUGAAGGCAUCUGUUAUUGAAAUGUUCCUUGUUUUGCUGAUGACUGGAGUACAUUCAAACAAAGAAACAGCAAAGAAGACUAAAAGGCCCAAGUUCACUGUGCCUCAGAUCAACUGCGAUGUCAAAGCCGGAAAGAUCAUCAAUCCUGAGUUCAUUGUAAAAUGUCCAGCAGGAUGCCAAGACCCCAAAUAUCAUGUUUAUGGCACUGACGUGUACGCAUCCUACUCCAGUGUGUGUGGUGCUGCCGUACACAGUGGUGUGCUUGAUAAUUCAGGAGGGAAAAUACUUGUUCGGAAGGUUGCUGGACAAUCUGGCUAUAAAGGGAGUUAUUCCAACGGUGUCCAGUCGUUAUCCCUACCACGAUGGAGAGAAUCCUUUAUCGUCUUAGAAAGUAAACCCAAAAAGGGUGUAACCUACCCAUCAGCUCUUACAUAUUCAUCAUCCAAAAGUCCAGCUGCCCAAGCAGGUGAGACUACAAAAGCCUAUCGGAGGCCACCCAGUCCAGGGACAACUGCACAGCCGGUCACUCUGAUGCAGCUUCUGGCUGUCACUGUAGCUGAGGCCACCCCCACCACCUUGCCAAGGCCAUCCCCUUCUGCAGCUUCUACCACCAGCAGCCCCAGACCACAGCCUGUGGGCCACAGGAGCCAGGAGAUGGCUCUCUGGUCCACUAUCACCUAUACAAGCAGCCAAAACAGGCCCGGAGCCAAACCAGGAUUUGUUCCAAAAGAAGAAUUGAGCACACAGUCUUUGGAGCCAGUAUCCCUGGGAGAUCCAAACUGCAAAGUUGACUUGUCCUUUUUAAUUGAUGGGAGUGCCAGCAUUGGUAAACGGCGAUUCCGAAUCCAGAAGCAGCUCCUGGCUGAUGUUGCCCAAGCUCUUGACAUUGGCCCUGCCGGUCCACUGAUGGGUGUUGUCCAGUACGGAGACAACCCUGCUACCCACUUUAACCUCAAGACACACAUGAAUUCUCAAGAUCUGAAGACAGCCAUAGAGAAAAUUCCCCAGAGAGGAGGGCUUUCUAAUGUAGGCCGGGCCAUCUCCUUUGUGACCAAGAACUUCUUUUCCAAAGCCAAUGGAAACAGAAGCGGUGCUCCCAACGUGGUGGUGGUGAUGGUGGAUGGCUGGCCCACGGACAAAGUGGAGGAGGCUUCGAGACUUGCGAGAGAGUCAGGAAUCAACAUUUUCUUCAUCACCAUUGAAGGUGCUGUUGAAAAUGAGAAGCAGUAUGUGGUGGAGCCCAACUUUGCAAACAAGGCGGUGUGCAGAACCAACGGCUUCUACUCGCUGCACGUGCAGAGCUGGUUUGGCCUCCACAAGACCCUGCAGCCCCUCGUGAAACGGGUCUGUGACACCGACCGCCUGGCCUGCAGCAAGACCUGCUUGAACUCGGCUGACAUUGGCUUUGUCAUUGACGGCUCCAGCAGCGUGGGGACGGGCAACUUCCGCACCGUGCUCCAGUUUGUGACCAACAUCAGCAAAGAGUUUGAGAUUUCUGACACGGACACGCGCAUCGGGGCCGUGCAGUACACCUAUGAGCAGCGGCUGGAGUUUGGGUUUGACAAGUACAGCAGCAAGCCCGACAUCCUCAACGCCAUCAAGAGGGUGGGCUACUGGAGUGGUGGCACCAGCACGGGGGCUGCCAUCAACUUUGCCCUGGAGCAGCUCUUCAUGAAGUCCAAACCCAACAAGAGAAAGUUAAUGAUCCUCAUCACCGACGGGAGGUCCUAUGACGACGUGCGGAUCCCAGCCAUGGCUGCCCAUCUGAAGGGAGUGAUCACCUAUGCAAUAGGCGUUGCUUGGGCCGCACAGGAAGAGCUAGAAGUCAUUGCCACUCACCCCGCCAGGGACCAUUCCUUCUUUGUGGACGAGUUUGACAACCUUUACCAAUAUGUCCCCAGGGUCAUCCAGAACAUUUGUACAGAGUUCAACUCACAGCCUCGGAACUGAAUUCAGAGUAGGCAGAGCGCCAACAAGUGCUGCUUUACUGACUGACUCUUUGGGCACCCCCAGCGCUUGAGGGGGCAUGCACAGGGCAUCCAGGCAUGGGAAGGGCUUGGGGAAACAGAUCCCCUGUUGUUAUUCUUUGCCAUCAGCUUUUUCAUACUCCAAAACCUGGAGUGAUGAAGAAGAUCACAAAUUCAUAGAAUAAGCUGAAAUGCUACAUCAGGUUGAGGGCACUGGGGAUUUUACAUUUUGACAAUUGUUUUCUAAAUAAAUGUUCAGAAUACAGUGCAGCCCUAUGACAGGCUCACGUAGAGCUUUUGUGAGAUUUUUAAGUGUUGAUUUCUCAUCAGAACUCUGUAACUCUCAGCAAGUUUCAUUUUUGUCAUGACGAUGUAGGAAUUACUUAAUUAAAUGUUUAAAAGGAUGACAUGCAA